GAAGAGCCUUUCACUACCGCAUAUGAUUCCACCACCCACAAGCCAAGACACGGGAAAGAAGCCCCGCCUCAUCCGAUCACCAAACAUAACACUCCAGAGGGAAAUAGGCGAAGAUGAUCGAAUCAACCAUGGCCUUUCGAUUCCGCGCCGGCGCCGGUGCCCGUGCCGGACUCUUCUCCACCGCCGCCGUCUCCAGACUAGAUUUAUAGGAGUAACCAGUGGAUCUUUCACAAAAAGGCGAAAUCCCGUGAAGCAUAGGUUUCGGGUAUCUGCAGAGCAUUUGGGUUCGAGGGAGCCGCAGUACCAUCCAUUUGAAGAGAUUGUGGAAUCAUCAUUUCCGGAGAGUGGAGAAGCUAGACUUACAGCUGCUGAAACUACUAGGACUGUUAUUGAGGUCAACAACAAAGCAACACUAAUGUUUUCAAAUUUAAUCAAUAAUGAAGUUCAUGAGAACAUUUUCUGGCCAGAGUUGCCGUAUGUAACAGAUGAACAUGGAAAUAUUUACUUUCAGGUGAACAACGAUGAAGACAUUAUGCAAUCCCUAACUUCUGAAAAUAACUUUGUGCAAGUUAUUAUAGGCUUGGAUACCUCGGAAAUGCUCAAUGAGAUGGAGUUAACAGGUCCAGCAGAAAUUGAUUUUGGGAUUGAGGAAAUUGAAGAUGAAGAUAGCGAUCUUGAUUACGAGGAUGAUGAGAAUGAUGAUGAUGAUGAUGAUGAGGAUGAUGAACAGGACUGGGUAGCUAUUCUUGAAGAUGAGGAAGAUCAGGAGGAUUCUGAUGAGGCAGUUGGAGACUGGGCAAAAUUGGAAACUAUGCGUUCUUCUCAUCCAAUGUUUUUUGCUAAAACAAUGGCAGAGGUUGCAUCAGGGGAUCCUGUUGAUUGGAUGAAUCAGCCUCCAGCUGGUAUUGCCAUCCAAGGCCUUCUAAGACCUGCCUUAAUAGAAGAACAAUCUGUCAUCCAAAAGCAUAUAUCUAGCCACCAAUCCAGUAAUGCUAAUGUAAAUCAGGUUGAGAAAAAUUCAGAAGACAAAGCAGAAGAUCUUGAAAAGAUUAAUGGUCAUGGACAGGAAUCAGGAUCAUCUAGAGAUAAUUCAAUCCAGGCAGAAGAUAUAGAGAAAGACUACAACAUGAUGAAUGGGUUUUCAUUUUACAAACUGGAGAUGAUUAAAAUACUGCUGAUUUCAGCUCAUGGACUUCAGGCUGUCGUUGACCUAGAAGAUUUCAGGAAUGCUCAACCUGAUGCCAUUGCACAUUCAGCAAGCAAAAUUAUAUCUCGCUUAAAAGCUGGUGGAGAAAAGACCACACAAGCUCUCAAAUCUUUGUGUUGGAGAUGUAAGGGUAUUCAAGUGGAGGAGGCAACACUUAUUGGUGUGGAUACCCUUGGUUUUGACUUGAGAGUUUGUUCAGGAAGGCAAGUCCAAACAUUGCGGUUUACAUUUAAUACACGGGCUACAUCGGAGUACAGUGCUGAGAGACAGCUUAACGAUCUACUAUUCCCCAGGAUCCACCAAAAGACACAAAAAAAGAAACAAGCUCAACAAAAAGAAUACUAACUCUGUAAUCAGCAUACUCUAGUUCCCAUUGAUUUGUUGUACUAUCUUGAGCUGAGAAUGGGUAAAGCUACAACAGGUAGCAGAUUCCUCGACCCAGUUCCCAGCUUAACUUGUAAGUUGUAACCCCGGCAACUGUAAUGGGAAUCCAUUGCUUUGCCAAUUUUUUUUCCUUAUGUUAAUCAUCCAUUCAAACUAUGUGCUCAUUUAUUGUAGCUAUUUUUCUUUUCUGGUCUAACAAAUGUUCUGUAAAUUAGAUGUGACCAUAUCUCAUCUGAGGUGAAUGUUGAAGUCGAGAAGAUUUGUUAACUUAAAAUCAGAGAGAUUGUUAAAACUUAGGAAGAAAGAUUGAGAUGAACCUUUUUCAUCAAGCUAACUGCAGAGGAUUUUUUAUUUUU